AUGAAGGCGCCGCUGCUGCUGCUGCUGCUGGCCUGCGUCGUGCUGCAGCAGUGCAGCAGCAGCGCAGCGCGCCGCCUCCUCGCUGCAGACGACGCCGCCGUCUACCGCCUCCUCGGCCACCCCGCGCUGCAGCCCCUCAGCCACUUGGCCGCGCAGCUCGAGCUGCUGCAGGCGGCGACUCCGUGUCUGCUGCGCGCUGCAGCAGCAGCAGCAGCAGCAGCAGCAGGAGCCCCCGAGGCUGCUGCUGCUGCGUGCGCGCAGGCGCUGCGGCUGCGGGCGCGGCAGCUGCGGCCCAUCUUGAAGGACCCGGCGGCCCGCGGGGAAGCUGCAGACGAACAGGCCCGCCAGCUGGCUGAAGCGGCGCAAGCAGUGCACGAGGCCGUGGCCCAGUCCGGCAGCUGCGCCGAGCUGCCUGGGCUGGACGUCGAGGAGGCCCUGGAGGCUGCGCAGCGCGAAGCAAAAGAGUCACCAGCUCUGGGCGGCUGCAGCAGCAGCAGCAGCAGCAGCAGCUGCAGCAGCAGCAGCAGCAGCCACGGGCUGGCCGCGCGCUUCGUCAUUCAAGAGUUCAUUCCGCACUCCGAAACUCUCUUCAGCAUUUCCGAAGGAAUUAAAGAUCUGGGGGCUCGCGGGAAACCCCAGGGAGGAGCUGCUGCGCUGCAGUUUCUUUCGGAAAGCUGGAAAAACGUCAAAGACAAAGUUGCUGCUGCUGGCAGCAGGCUGCUGCAGCAGGUGCAGCACGCGCGGCAGGCUGUGCUGCAGCAGCGCAGCAGCGGCGAGGCGCAGCGGCUGGCGGCGCUGGCCAAGUUCGCGGAGAAGGUGAGGGGCCAGCGAGGAGAAAACAGCAAAAAGUUAUUCUUUUUAUUGAAUUUAAUUCAAUUUAAUCCGCAGGACCUCGCCAGGAAACUCCAGGCCAUGCAACUCGCCUUCGAAGUGGAAACAGUUCUUCCUCACUUCCAAUAUCUCCACUCCGACUUGGAAAGCGCGAAAAAUAAGCUGAGCCUGCAGACAGAGGUGGAGGGGCUGCUGCUGCGCGUCAGGGCGCAGGCGGCUGCGGCCCUGGGGCUGCAGCACGCAGCCAAAGAAGAAGAUCAGAUGGACUUGAUGGCGCCUCUCGUUCGUUUUCAGGAGUUGGAAAAUUACGCAAAGUCCGAGGAGAAGCAAAACAAGUUUCUGCACGAACUCAGCCACCUCAGGAACCGCCUGCGGAAACUCCACCAGGAGGCUGCCAGACUGCGCAAAUAA